GCAACGACAAACCUCGAAUCAGCGCCACCACGGCUUGGCUCCUCUGUUUUAUCUAGGAGAUUGGCUUUACAUGAGAUAAAAUAGACGACGAACAAGCUUUUUUGCCGCAAUGGCCCCGGCUCCCUCCCGAUAGUCCAUAUUCUUCAACGACAGCCUCGGCGUGAUAGCUACCUCGUCACGUAUGUGGCGGCGUUGCAGCGAUGCCCAGCGCGGACAAAUAUUCCGAAGAGCACAAGGGAAGAGUGAUCAAGUCGGCAUUUGACAGCGAGAGCUUCGAGUCUGAUGGUUCCAUCCAUGUUGAUGGCGUUGUCGGUUCAGCUACCAUCUCGCCUUCGGGGCGAGACAUUGCGCUUGGGUCAGCGGAAGGACUUUCUAUCAUCGAUCUAGAUUCCCCCUAUAGCCCGCCGCGUCGAUUGCGCAGUCCUGGCUUACCAUGGCUCGUGGUCGACGUUCAGUGGUCGCCCUUUGCGGUACGAGACUACUGGGUCGUUUCUACUGCAAACCAUCGAGCUCUUGUUUGGAAUCUGAACAUGAGAGAGGAUUCCAGCAACGGGCCUAUCGAACACUCUCUACAAGGACAUAGCCGCGCGAUUACCGACGUCAACUUCUCUGCACAUCACCCUGAUAUGCUCGCCACUUGCUCCGUUGACGGCUAUGUUCACUCAUGGGAUUUAAGACGACCGCGACAACCCGUUACAAGUUUCUGCGACUGGUUUGCAGGUGCGACCCAAGUCAAAUAUAACCGACAAGACCCCCAUAUUGUGGCAUCAGCUCAUGAUAGAUAUCUACACAUCUGGGACGACAGACGGCCUAGCGAGCCUCUCAAGUCCAUUACAGCACACACGUCCAAGAUUUACGGUAUUGAUUGGAAUAGAACACGGCAAACCGGAAUCGUGACGUGCUCACUUGAUAAGAGCAUCAAGUUUUGGGAUUAUAGCACAAGUUCAGAAGAGCCUGAGCAUGUUAUCCGCACACCAUUCCCCGUCUGGAGAGCUCGACAUACGCCAUUCGGUUGGGGUUUACUCGCAAUGCCUCAGAAUGAGCCAGGAAAUUUGUACUUGUAUGAUCGCUUGUGGUCCGAUGAUUCGCCUAUUGAUGCGAUGCCGGAUCCAAUCGCCAUCUUCGACGGCCAUGGCGAUCAUCAAGCAAAGGAAUUCCUGUGGCGUACUCGGGGUGGGAUUUCGGAUGAUGGCCUUGACAAUCGCGAGUUUCAGCUGGUAUCUUGGGGAGAUGACAACCAGCUAAGACUAAACUGCGUUGACGAAAAGGUCUUCGCCGCCGUUGGCCAUUACAAAGGGAAGGCAGCAAGAAAAGAGCUAAAGAUCACACGGAAAGGUGCGACAUACAAGACUUAUAGAACCUUUGAAGAGGCAUCCGGAAGAGACCGCAAGGUUGGAACCAUGAGUGACCAGCGAACUGGAAGCGGAAUUCCUCAGAAGCCGUCAUCAAUAUCAACCAUGAGAUCAAACAAUACCCAGCAACGACUUCGACCGGGUUUCCGUGGUUCAGCUAUGAAAGCCCGCGUAUCAUCAGCCAAGACUGGAGAGAAGCCCCAAACUCAGAUUGGCUGGAUGAAGGGCAUCACCAUGGUCAAGCGGAAAACGUCUCACAGCAAACUUGGGCCUGGGGAUCCAAAUGUGCUGGACCAUGGUUUUCCCAAUGAUGACUGGGGGGAGCCCGAUACGGUGCAGGAAGAAUUACUCCGCAUUAGCACGCAGCUUCCAAAGGUCAACUGGGAAAAUAUUGAUAUGGAUAAACUGUCACUAAACGCAUCAUUGAACGGCCCGUGGGGUGCAGAGGGAGAAUCUAUUUUUAUCAAGGUUAAAAUUGACAUUCCACCCAACUACCCCAAGGAUAAGGCUCCGAAGUUUAGCGUCGAAAAGACAUCAUUUAUGCCAGAGAAGACGCACAAGAGAAUUCAGAAAGAGAUACAUGAACUCGCCGAUCAGUUCUUGAGGAGGAAACAGAACUGUCUCGAGGUGGCCUUUACCUAUCUCUUGGGCGAAGUUGACCUCGAGUCCAGCACCACGUUCUUUAAGAAUGUACGCGAUCUGGACGACGAUGAUAUGGAUGGGAUGGCCGACGACAGCUCUAGUGAAGAUGAGGACUCCACCAAUGCCAAUUCAGCAGCAAUGUCUCAAGAACUCGGAACAGCGGGUGAGGCUGAUACUACCAUCGCGGCACCUAACCGCACCAUGGUGCCACCACCCCCACGAACGUGCGGCGCGCGCUUUUCCAACACUGGUCAACUGAUAUGUUUCUUCCCGUCUAAAGAGGAGAAGGCUAGAGCCCUCUUCUCUUCGGCUGGUGACUUGUUCAAAGACCGAGUGAAAGGCGAACCUUUCUUUGCAGGGUUUGGAAGAAUAGCUCAGACGGUGGCACAGCGCCCACGUUUUGGCGAUGAGACAUCGGCGACAGAGGAGCAGACGGAUGCCUCGGACACUGAUGAUGGAUCGUCGGUGUCCUCGUCUAGUGACUCCGAAUCUACUUCCAUCCACAAUAUGAGCAUUUGGUAUAGGCCUAACCGCCAAGUCAGGAAGACCUGGAGCGAAGAUCGCUCUAUCAAAUCCAGUGGAGCAGGCACAGGGACCGGAGUCGGUACCGGCACUGGAACGGGAACGGGAACGAGUCGACGCCGUAUUGGUAGGCCUCGAAAUGUGAUUGCUCUUCACGAUCUCUCUAGCCUGCUGCCCUCUAAACGGGAGUUGGCUAAUGGCUAUUCCGUCUUUGGUGAUGGCGCAGAAGUGUGCGAACACAAUGCCCAAGUUGCGGAGAGGUUCGGCAGCAUUGACCUGAUGCAUGUGUGGAAGUACUUGGCACUGCUUCUCCGAAAGGGAAUUCCUCUUCAAUUUGUUCAAGGGAACAAUACACAAGAUUCCAUCCUGGUGAUUGCUCGAGAUGCCACGUCCAAGUCAACAGGGGCUAAACCACGCCGCAGCAAGCUCGCAGGAAGGGUGAAAUGGGGGGAGCAUCCUCUGGCAAAGAGCAUCAUUGCCGAUCUAUUUCAAUAUUUCGAGAGCAUGUAUGAUAUUCAGAUGCUGGCCAUGCUGUCGUGUAUUUUUAGCGAAUCUGCCACAGCUGACAGCAUCGCAUAUGUUGCCAAACCACUGCCACAGACGGAGACACCACUGCCGCUCAAGGCGCCGUCGUUUUCACUCGACUACUUUCCUCCAGACGCCGCAGCCUGGUUACAGGCAUCAAACAGCUUCAGCAACUCGGCAGUGACAACACCUGCAGUUACCACUCCAGGCACACUACACACGCCACUGUUGUACGGCUCCCAAGCAUCAGAAGAGGCGCUGUGGACGGGUGACACGAACCCCAACUCAUUAUCGCGGGGCGAGACGCCACCAUCGAAAUCAAACUUGGAUGAAAAAGCCCAAACGUCGGCUCUGUCCAAGUCACCGACUACUAGGACGCUUCAAAGGACAAGUACUACUGGUUUAGCCAUGGCAUUGACGGCCAAUCUGACCCGGCCGUUUACAACCCAAGUGGCAUCUUCACCUCCACAAGUCAAGAAGAAGCCAAGCCCGGCCGAGGCUAUUCUGAGUAGCUUGGCACCACGCACCUCAAGCAGUGGCGCCGCAACUUCACCUGCUGUGGCAGAUUCCACCGGAGGCCGCCCAUCUCUCUCGGAGGAUGACUACCGGAAUGGCAUGCUAUUGUCACUGGUUCCUACGAAUGUUGCCGUGAUUCUUGAAGACCAGUCCAUCUUUGACGACGACGGAUGGCUAGGCAAGCCACUACUAGAAUCGACGGCUUCAUCUCUCCAUGCACGCUAUCGAUAUGCAUACGCAGAGAUGCUGCAGAUGUGGGGACAUCCCAUUGCUCGACUUGAAGUCAUGAAGUUUAAUGUUAUCAGGGAGCCUGCAAAUGCAGCCAUCAACACCGAGGAGUACAUUGUAGAAAAUGGCAUCCCUACCAUCAAGGCUUCAUCGCCGAUUGUGAUGGGUAAGAAGGACCGUUUACACGCUAUUGCGGCCUCUGGUCGUGGUCUAGAUGUUACGGGCAUCUGUCACGUCCACGAGACGCAAUUAGAGCCUGUGCGCUACGCGUCAUCCGGGACUCGCAUUGGCGGCGCCGUGGGAACCUGCGACCGUUGCCACAAGACACAGAGUCAACUGCGAUGUGUCUACUGCUUGGAGCCCGUGGAUGCGCUGUUCCCGCCCUGUCUGUCUUGCGGCUGCGCCAGUCAUCAAGAAUGCCUUACUGAAUGGCAUUCCUCCGGCGAGACGUUAUGUCCUGCGGGUGAUGAGUGCAACUGCGUCGAAGAAGCAACCAAUGGGCAGGUGGAAUCGUGGAUUGCGCUGAAGAGCGCCAUGCUCAAGGGCCAUUCGCACGCUCUGAGCUCUCAAGCCGAUACCGUGUCUAGUCCUACCGGGACGAUAGAGAGCGAGAAGAGUCGACUUUGGAGAAAGGCUGAUCCGACGGCAGCGCAGCUCACCAAGGGCCCCGUGACGGCGACUGUCUCGCCUAGUCUUGGUUUUGGGGCGUUUAAGCGUGCUGGUGGCACAUGGGGGCGUAUGGGAGGAGGAGGAGGGCAGAAGAAGGGCAACAAGCGACUGUAAUUGAUGUAUAAUGGGCGUUUUUGUGUUUCAAGGAAGGCGUUUGUCAGAAAUAGUGUAUGUUAUGUAAUCCGUCAUUAAUGGCAUUGCAGUUAUCAAGUGUGUCCAUGUGAGAAGUGUCUUUUAUACAGGCUAUGAUGUACAUGAUUGUCCAAAAUAAUAAUAUCAGUCCUAACGCCGCGCUAUGCUUAAAAAAUGCAAGAAUUCUCAAGGGUCUUUCAUAACGCUGGUUUGGUUGUAUCGGUAACCAGGGGUUGCUUUUCGUCAGCAGGGAAGGGGGCCUGCUUUGCCGCCGUCUGCUUCUCGUCCAUUCUGUAGAGCGUACUGUUAGCAAAAGUAAUAUUUUGCUGUUCAUGAACAGAAAAAAGACCAUACUUGAUACAUGUAGCCGCGAGGCGCAUAAACGAAUAUGCCACAGCAGCUAUUACGCAUACGACGAUAAGGACCUGGAGCAUGCUCAGGCUUGUCGAGGAGCCGCGGCAAAAAGCCUGUGUAAACUCAUCAUUGCAAGCCCACAGUGAAGAUGGCUCUCUGGAAGGUACUGGUCCCUCGUAAAAGGACUGGAAGAAUGUGAGGAUGCGGCCCUCGUGACGCUGGGGAUAGUCUGCCAUGUCGACACGGAUGACUGUGACUUGUUGGUGGAGGGGACGAGCAGAGACGAGGCUAGUAGCGAGGACAAGGAAGAAGGUGAGAAGAGGGAGCAUGACGAUGCUGUAGAAAGGAUGAGGCUUUGGUGUGAAGGACGAAAAAGGUGUGUUGGUGAUGAUUGCGCGUCUCUUGUCCCAAAGCAAGUGAUUUGAUGGCUCGUGAGUAUGUUGUAAGCGGUUUUCUGCGGCGAGGAAUGGAUUCGUUUCACGUUGAGCGGCCUACGUCAUACUCUGGCUCAGAAUAAUGAAGAAGAGGGAGAAAGAGGAAGAGAGACGGUAUGUGCGGCACGGGAAUAACUCUUGUUUUUAAAGUUGGCAAAGAAGAAACGCCCGCGCACAGGCGCAUGGUAUCUUUCUAUAUUGGGCUGAGCCGACGAGGACAAAGCGGGCGGGCGGGCCUUUACAGCGCUAAAUGGACAGCCUAGCGAAAUAUUGGCGGAGUAACUUUAACAGUUGGUUGCAGCGUGUACGUACGUCGCCCACAGCGGUUGCU